CACCUUGCAGGUCUGAAAUAUUAAGCAAAUAAGUGACAUCAUGGGAGCACAGAGAGGCUAGACCUUGAAAAAGAGAGAGAGUGAGUGAGUGAGCGAGCGAGCGAGUGGGAACAGUAGAAUGACUCCAUAUCUCUAGGGGGAAGUUUGCAGUAUAAAAGAGGGCUGAAAGUGUUUCUGCUACCACAUGUUUCUUGGUUGCGUUGUCACAUCCAGCUCUACAUGCACACUCCCAGCGAUCAUCUACUCAACAUGCAGGACCAAAGCCACAUCUCCACCAGGACCUUGACUACCUGGUGCCUGGUCACACUGCUGAUCCUCCAGCAGGUGUCAGCUGGCCCUGUGCCCCAACCAGAUGUACCAGCUGGGUCGGUUCAGAAUGUGCUGAAACGCGUGGUCCGGAUGACACCUUUGUGGCGAAUCAUGGGUACCAAACCUUUUGGAGCUUACUGCCAGAACAACUAUGAGUGUUCGACAGGAACCUGCAGGAGGGGUCACUGCUCGUUCAACCAAUCGGUUCAAUCCUAGAAGUGGCGUUCAGCUGGAUCAUCUCAGUGUUUGAUCAAUUCCUCCGUAAAAAGACACAGGAUACAGUUAUGACAACCGUUUAAUGAAAUGUAAUGAGAUGUUUAAUAUGUAGGUUGCAGUCUGACAGUGGGUUGAGACACCAACUAUAUGACUGUUUAAUGCAAACAUGAAUGAGAGUUGGAUUUUGCACAGUUAUCAACUUACUCUCAAACAUGCAUAUUUAUAGGGGACAGGUUAUAUCAAACGUGUAACCUGUUCAUAUCUACUUAAGUACUGUACCAGGCAAGUGCCUGUAUUUUGUCUGACAUAAACUUUUAACCUCGGGAACAAUAAUCAACCUGCACAAUUAUGAGAAAAAGAAGGAUUGCUCUAUAAGGGUAUUUUUGUGAAGAACACUUCGACAUUGCUAUUAAUUAGCAACAGGCUUAAUUUGAUCUGAAUAUAGAAGGUACUAUAUUACUAGUGGUCUUGGUUUGACCAGGGUUAGUGGGAUGCUGUGUUGAACUGCAUGUUGAACUUCCAGCUGUGGCUCGGACACUCCGUACGGAGAGCAAAGUUCAAACCUGAGUGUCAGUGAACCAGAGACGUUGGUGAUUAAGCAAGUGGAAGAGAUAUAGAACCAAUCAAUGUUUCUAGGGCGUAGUGAAUUGGAGUAUUACAACAGAUUUGCACAUCUUUUUAUUUGGAAGCUAGCAGUUUUUAUGACGCAUAUUUUUUUAUAUUAAUAUUUUUUGACUAAAUCCUAUUUUAGGAAAGCAUUAUGCCGGAUCGCAUCUCCUUCCAAGUAUUAUGUGUUUCCUACUGUGAUUGAUUUCCCCCUGACAUAUCUUCAUUGUUCUCCCACACAAUCAUCUGAUUACUGAAAUGUAUCUCCAUACAUAAAGGAUUGCCAGGUUUGCCUUUCUUGCAUUCCUGGCUUUAAAGAAAGAUCAUGUAUCUUGUUAAGAAUUCAUUUUGGUGAUAUACCCACACAUUACAAUGUUUGUUUUGUUAUUGUUAUUAUAUUGUCUGUAGAAAAUACACAUGUUUUGUCAUAUUGUUGGAAGCCGUUGUAUGAAGGAUUACUGAUUGUCCUUCCAGUCUGUACUGUGAACCUGAAUAAUGCAUGUUGCAUUUUACCUUUUGAGUAUUUAAACCUCAAUAAAACCUUCUAAUAUUUAAAAACUCAA